AAGGCAUUUAUAUGAUCAUCAUUAACUAACCUUAUACUAAGAAUUACAUCAUCGCUUAGAAAUGCCCCAGCCCGCUUAGCUCAGGGAGAGCGCAGAUCUACGGAUCGAGAGGUCGUGAGUUCGAUCCUAAGCGUAGCGGUUGUUGACAGUGUCAAUUUGAUUAAAGAAAUUGUGUCUGAAAUCAUUCGUCCUCCACCUCAGAUUCAUGUGGGGAAGUUGGCAGUUACUUGCGGAUAUCAUGUUUGUACUGGUACAGAAUCCAGAACACUGUUUAGGUUAACUGCCCACCGUUACGUGACUGAAAUACUGUUGAAAAACGGCGUUAAACCUAAAUCAAACAGACAAACAAAUAAUUGCAUCAUCUUUAUUCAUAAUCACUUACUUAGAAACAGCUAAAUUCUCUGAAGGACGAAACGAGCUUAAUCUUAAUAUUUUAAACUGGAAGACAAAGCCUUAAUCGUGCACGCUGUUUGUCUCGUUAAAUAUUGAUUACCGGUUGUAUUGCUCACCGUCGAACUAAUAACUCAUCUUGGUUAUUUAUCUUAUCUGCGUAGAUAACAUUCAAAUCUGAGCACUUUUAUCUCAAUAAAAAUAAGCAUACCCAAAAUAUGAGUGAACGCGCAUGAUGUUAGCAUGUGUUAUUUAAUGCUUACAUAGUCUAUAGUUCUCAUAUUGGAUUCGGAAAAUAUCUCAACAUUGCUCUAAAACUAUACUAAACUUAGAUCUAGGUAGUGGUGUUUCAUCAGCAAAAUGCCGCUGUGCAGUUGUGGAGUGACCCACCAAUGCAAUUCGGGUCACGAGCAUAUCACUGAAGAACAGGCUGUAAAAUGUGACUUUCUGGAAGCGGAGAGAAAAUCGAAUGAGAUAAAUCAGAAGCGAGAAGAACUGGAGGCAAAGCAACGUUCGAAAGAGGACAAAUAUCAAAUGCAAAAAGAAGAAUUAGAUGUAAGACAAACGGAACUUGAGAAUAAGUGGAAACUGAAGACCGCUGAAAAUGAAACAAGACAACAAGAGCUUGAAAUAAAGAGAGAAAAGCUCGAGAUUAAAAGAAAGGAAUUGGAACAAAAACAUGAAGCGAGAAUGAAAGCUCAUGAACAAGCAUUAGCAGAGCUUGCUGUCGAUAAAAUGAUUGCCGAAAGAACGCUGAGCAAAGAGUUCAAACAGAAAGAGCAGGCUCUAUCAGCCAAGCAACUUGAAAAACAACAAAAACUUCAGGAAAUGAAAGAAAAGUUGAAACAGAAAGAAGUAGAUCUUGAACUUUUAUUGCAGCGUAAGAAAGAUAAUGAUGAAAUGAAGAGCAAAGACCAAGAACUGAAGAAAGAAAAAUUGGAACUGGAAAGACUGACUCUGCAGAAGGAAAGACAAAUGAAGAUUGCUGCUUAUGAGGAGAAAAUGACCAAACUGGCAAAAGAAAAGGAGAAAGUUGGAGCUAUGAUGGAGAGAAAUCAAGUGGAGAAAUCAUCGGUGUGCGUCAUAAUCUAAUUAAUUCAUACUAUACAUUUAUAGCGACGGGUGAUAAAAUAUCACAGAAAAAGGAAACAAUUUCAAUGUUACAGUGUUGUUUGAAUAUAAUGACAUAAUUUUCAUAUUUAUACAAGCGUGUUUUUGAAGUUAAUGUUUUGCUAUUUAUACCCCAUCAAGCAUUGUUUGGAGAGUGUAGGCAAUAUAGGAAUCACUUUAUCCAGUCAAUCCCUUACCCGUCCCUGUUCCUUCUUAGAAAUCAGUAUAUAGAUGUAUAAUAAUAUAAGGUUGAACAUACAAUGUAUUUGUAGCAUCAUUAGACAAGUUCACACAGGUCCCAUGACUUGUUUUUACGAAAUUAUCUGCCCUUGUAGGUUAGUAUUUCAGUGCAUGACAAAAAAUCUUGUAAAAAGAAUUAAAUGUAACAUUGUGAACAGGAACUGAAAUACACUAUAACUGUACCGUGAACAAUGAAGAAGUCAUUAUCUUUUCUUUAAUUUAAAGAAUAUUUUUGACUUUACUGAAGGCAUUUUUGUAUGUGACUUAACAGCGUGAACAUAACAAGUCCAAUACCUGAAUUUUAUACAAAAGUGUCCCCCUUUCGUAACUAUCUGUAUUUUUUCUUAUUUUUACUAUUAAAUACAAUAAAAUAAGUUUUACUUGAUGGAUUUUGACAGAUACAAGUUAUGAAGAGGUAUUGAAAGACACAUUUACCAUAAACCUGCCCUGGACAAUAAUAAACUUAUCUGCCAUUUUGUACUUGUUUUCAAAUACUUUUAAAGCAAUAAAAUAUAAAGCA